CAUUUUCCUCUGUUUCAUAUUAGCCCAAAGCAAAGCUGAGUUGCAUUGCAUGUUCAAUGGCUCAAAUUCAAUUACUGUCCCCUGGGUUCUCUGAAGCUCUCAAAUUCCAAAACCCAUUACCAAAUGGGUGCUCAAGAAGCCCAUGGCGCAUGUUAGUUAAGACCAGCAGCAGUCAAUCUUUGAUGGGUCAUGGCGGGAGGAGGCGAAGAGGCUUUGGCAGGGUCAGAGUGGCAACCGGGGGCUCACCUUCAACUGACGCAGUGGCUGAUGACUAUUACUCGGUCUUGGGAUUGCUUCCAGAUGCCACACCUGCACAAAUAAAAAAGGCCUAUUAUAAUUGUAUGAAAGCUUGCCAUCCGGAUUUGAGUGGUGAUGAUCCAGAGACCACAAAUUUCUGCAUGUUCAUUAAUGAGGUCUACGAGGUGCUCACUGACCCCGUGCAACGAAGGGUUUACGACGAAAUUCAUGGUUAUGCAUUGACGGCAGUCAAUCCUUUCCUGGAUGACUCAAUAACAAGAGAUCAUGCAUUUGUUGAUGAGUUCAGCUGCAUAGGCUGCAAAAAUUGUGCCAAUGUGGCCCCAGAUGUCUUUGGAAUCGAAGAAGACUUUGGAAGAGCCAGAGUAUACAGUCAGUGUGGGAACCCAGACCUAGUUCAACAAGCAAUUGAUAGUUGUCCUGUUGAUUGCAUUCAUUGGACUUCUGCUGCACAAUUAUCAUUGCUGGAAGAUGAAAUGCGCAGAGUAGAAAGAGUAAAUGUCGCACUGAUGCUUGCAGGUAUGGGCUCAUCAGCGGAUGUUUUCAGAAUGGCAAGUGCUCGGUGGCAAAAGAGGCAAUCAAAAGUCUUGGAACAAGCUAAAAUGAGGAUGAUGAAUCAGAAGGAUUCAGAGAAAACGGAAUCAUACUGGGACAACAUUUGGAGCAACACCAAGGGGUUCCGAAAUUCAGAGGAGGAAGUGAAAGAAAGAGCGAAGAGAACUGCAGCAGCGGCUCGUAGAUGGAGAGAGUACUCAAGGAGGGGUGCUGACAAGCCUCCUAGCUAUAAACUUCCGGAGGCAAUCUCCAACAUGGAUAAGUGACCUAAUCUUUUAACACCAUUAAUAUUUUUACCAUAAAAUGUAAUUAUUUUAUAGCCUAUACGUCAAUAUACAAUCAUGUAAAAUUCGAAGUGACCUUAGAUCUGUAUAAUCAGUAUAGAUGCUAUCAUUUACAAUAAAUUGAUCUAUAAGUUAAAA